AUGCUCGACGUCCGAUCGCGCGCAAUUCCGUCGCCUGCCCGCCAAGGACCUCCAGCUACGCCGCCUGCCGAUUGCCUCCGGAUUGCCGUGCCACCGGACGAGCGCAAUCACGUGCGGACGCUCAUGGGCAGCUACUACCACACGGUGUUUGCGCUGCUGGUGCCGAUCGCCGCCCAGCUCGCCGCCACGCCGCACCGGUGCGUCACCCUCGCGGGCGUGCCGAGGACACGGAUGGUGGCCAGAGUGCUCGAGGUGCUGCCGGUGCAGAUUUGGGACGGCCCCUCGCUCGCGUUCGGCAAAGGCCGCCGAGUGGGCAACGGCAGCAGCGUUUCCGUCGCGUGGUUGAGGCGCUGCGACGCUAUGGCGCUCCGGACGGCCGCGAUGCGCCAGCGCGCGCAGGAACGGUGCGGCUCUGCGCAGUCGUACCUCGACUGCUGCCUGGCGGAGCGGCCUUGGAGGUGGGCCCGCCUCGAGGUGGCUAAGGCGGCGGGCCUCGACCUGGACGGGAUGAGUGCGCCCGCUCGGUCCGGCCUAUUCGUCUCGCGGGAGGUUGCCUCCUCCUCGGCCGGCCCCGCCAUCUUCCGCCACCACCGGCUGCUGCUGCGAGGCAACUCGAGCAAGCUGGCGGCGCUGCGGCUCGCGCUCGGCGAGCGGGGCUGGAGCACGGCCGUCGUCACGGGAGGGACGUUCGCGUCGCUGGCGCUGGUGGAGCAGGUGCGCCUCUUCACCAACGCUUCGCUCGUCGUCGCCGGUCACGACGGCGCCCUCACCAACCUCCUCUUCUGCCGCCCCUUCACCACCGUCGUCGAGAUUACGCCGUACGUCGGCCAGGCAGAGGCGCCCAUCCAGCACCUCCGGGCGAUGUUCCAGGCCGCCGCCGGCUCGAUGGCCGCCGCCGCAUACGAGGUGCGGCACUUCAGCGUGCCCGGCGCGGCGUGCGACUGGGGGUGUGCCUCCCAACGGGCGAUGCUGAGGCUGGUGGAGUCGCCUUGGCCAAGCCGGAACGCGCACAAACAACCGAAAAUGCGGAAAAUCUGA